GCUCCGCCUUCCGCCCCCCCCCCCCCCCCCGCCCCCGCACAUGUUGCAACCGAUCGGCGGGCAGGAGCGCUGUGCUGCCGGUACCGGCAGCGGCACCGGGACCGGGACCGGGAAAACAGCCGGUCUCCGUAGCCCGGGAUCGCCGACACCAUGUCCUGGCAGCGCUGAGGUCGGCGGGACGGGCGGCGAGCGGAGCCGCGGCCGGCGAGGAACCAUGGGGAGCAUCUACAAGGAAUACUUCAACACGGACAAGAUCCGGGAGCACUACAACUACACCAAGGAAGGCUCAGAUAGCUCCCCCACCACCUCCCGUUGGGUGGUCUCCAUCCUCAUCAUCGUGUUGUGCUGCUUCAUCGUGCUGGAGAACCUGCUGGUGCUCAUCUCCGUUUACCGCAACAAGAAGUUUCAUUCGGCCAUGUACAUCUUCAUCGGGAACUUGGCUUUCUCCGACCUCUUGGCUGGGUUGGCCUUCAUGGCCAACAUCUUGUUCUCCGGAGCCACCACCUUCAACUUGACGCCGGUGCAGUGGUUCGUACGGGAAGGCACGGCCUUUGCCACGUUGGCCGCCUCCGUCUUCAGCUUGUUGGCCAUCGCCAUCGAGCGCCAUGUGGCCAUCACCAAGGUCAAGGUCUACAGCAGUGACAAGAACUGUCGGAUGGUGCUGCUCAUCGGGGCUUGUUGGGUGAUCGCCGCUGCCAUCGGCAGCCUCCCCAUCAUGGGUUGGAACUGCAUGAGCGACCUGCGGGAUUGCUCCACCGUCCUCCCCCUCUACUCCAAACGUUACAUCUUAUUCGUCAUCACCAUCUUCACCCUCAUCCUCCUCGCCAUCGUGGGGCUCUACAGCCGCAUCUACUGCAUCGUGCGCUCCAGCCACGCCGAGAUCGCCACCACCCAGACCCUGGCCCUGCUCAAGACGGUCACCAUCGUCCUGGGAGCCUUCAUCGUCUGCUGGCUGCCAGCCUUCAUCAUCCUCCUCAUGGACGCCUCCUGCCCCGUUCGGGCGUGCCGGAUCCUCUAUAAGGCGAACUAUUUUUUUGCCUUUGCCACGCUCAACUCGGCCGCCAACCCCAUCAUCUACACCCUGCGGAGCAAGGACAUGCGCCGGGAGUUCCUGCGGGUGCUGUGCUGCUGCGGGGCUGGGCGCCGGGACCAGCCCCCCGGCCGCUGCGGGCUCCCGCUCCGCACCUCCAGCUCGCUGGACCGCUGCACCCCAAAAUAUGAGUUACCCACUUCGCCUGUCACCCGCGAGUGUACCACCUCCGUCUAGGGGGGGUCCUGGCCGCCCCACGGCCGCCCCAUGGCUGUGCCACGGCCGCCCCGCGGCUGGGGCAGUGGUACGAAGGGAGUGGGGUCGGGGUGGACGUUUUUCCAGGUACGGAUGGACAACUGCACCUUCAUCCCAGGCAUCACCCCCCAACCCCCCGGGGCAUCCCCGUUUGCCGGCAGUGAUGCCGACGCUCCGGCUGGGAUUGCCGUGACCGGCGUGCGCGCCGGCGUGUGCGUGUGCACGGGCGCGGGCACGCGUGUUGCUCUUCCCACGCCCUGCCCGAGCCCCGGGGCCCCCGCGGGACCUGUCAGACGGGUCCUGGGGCCCCUCCCUGCGCCCGGCUCCCCGCGGCACCCCUGGCGCCAGUGGCAAAUCCUCUGCCCCCGGCUGCUCCCCGGCACCGUGGGUGGCUCCGACCGCUGCUCCAGCCGUCGGCGAGGGGGUGGGGGGGCUUUGCCAGGAAAACCAGGCCUGGGGUGCACGCCGUGGCGGGGGGGGGACGCACAUACGGGGGGACCCCCUGCAUCCUCAAGCUCUGCUCCAUGGUCCUGCCGCGUGCUGGCACGCGGAGUGCGGGGGGUGGCCCCGUCAUGACCGGCUCUGCCGGGGCCCCCCCAUAUCCCUGUGAUCCCCCCAGGAGCGCCCCCCCAUCCUCAGUGCCCCCCCCCCAGGGGUGACAGUUGUAUUAAAACGGUGCUUCUCCA